UAGCUGCAUGUCUGGAGAAUGAAAACAAACCUUCACAAUGUUAAAACCAUUUCAGUCAUAGUAUUAUUUAACUAAUGUUUAAGUAUUAAUGGUACUAUAAAGUAUAGAUGUAAAAUAAUGUCCAGAAUAACGGUGGAUUACCCGCUUCACUCGGACAUUGUACAGACAUUGAAAGGUGCCCAGGAAAAGAAGGACUUCAAAAGUGUGGAACGCCUCCUCAAAGAUCUGACCAAAGAAAACCCAGAUGCUGUUAUUGAGUUGUCCAAUGAUGACUGGCUAAAAGACCCCACAGUUCAGCUUCCACCAGCUGUGUUGGUCGGCCUCUGGUCUUUGGAAUACAAGCAGGAGCUGACAAGUCCACUGUGCAUUGCUGCAGCACAGGGUUUUACUGACUGCUUACUGUACCUGCUUGAGCAUGGAGCACAUCCUAAUCUCAGUGCAGGAGGAAAGGCGUCGCUUCACGAGGCAUGCAGCAAUGGCAACACUGAGUGUGCAGAACUACUUCUAGAGCAUGGAGCCAAUCCCAAUCAGCUCACAGAGGAUGGUCUGGCACCUUUACAUUUGUGCAGGACACCCCAAUCACUCCGCUGUGCCAAGGCCCUGGUGCGUCAUGGUGCCAAUGUAGACCUUCCUACUGAGGAAGAAGAGGAUACUCCAUUACUUAUUGCUGCAAGGCAUGGCCUGCCACACCAUGCGCAACUGUUCCUGCGAUAUGGAGCAAACAUCAACCACACCAGCAGCUCAGGAGAAACGGCAUUAGGUGCUGCUUGUUUGGAAGCUCAGCAACAGCUGGGAGAAGAUCAGAAUGAGGGACACCUUCAGGUCUGCAGGCUUCUGUUGAGUUAUGGAGCUAGUGUGAAUCUAGCUGACAAUGAACACCGCACCCCUCUUCAUAAGGCAGCCCGCAAUGUCCAGAUCAGCUUGGUACAGCUUCUUCUGGAUCAUGGGGCAGAUAUCAAUGCCAUUGAUUAUAAUGGCUGUUCACCACUGUCCAACGUGCUACAAAACGCUAUAUUACGUCAGGAAUGGCAGCCAGACAUUGUGGUUCAGACCCUAUUAAACCACGGCUCCAUUAAAGUCUGGCCACAGGCAUUGCUCAAGGUAUUAGCAGCCUGUGCAGCUGCUCCGAAAACUGUGGAGAUUCUUUUCAACUCCUACACUCUUGUUCCUGUAACAUAUAAAUGGGUUGAAGCUAUACCUGAAGACAUUUUCAAACUUCACAGGUCAUUUUAUGACUCUCUUUUUGCUCUGGAAUAUAAACCACGCUCCCUGCAGCACUUGUGUAGAUCUGCACUAAGAAAGGUCUUUGGGAAAUACUGUUACUUAUUUAUCCCCCGGCUUCCUGUCCCAAAGAUGCUACAAGACUAUCUCCUUCUGAAACCUGAAGGCUACAUCAACUAGAAGCGUGGAGGUUGACACUUUAAAUAACACAACAAAAUACUGAAAUUGAUCUGAAAUUGCAUUUUUUUCAUUGUAAAGCUGUUAACAUUAAUCCACCAAACAAGAAUCUAGCAAUUGUUUGAUUUUUGUGUUUUUUUGACCAUGUGUACAUAAUAGAGAGUUUGGUUCUUUAGUGGAUGUGUGGUGUUAAUGUUUGUGAUCUGCUGGAGGUGUCUUUUUAGAGCCACAUAUUGUUGACUGGUAAACAGUUUUGCUAAAACUAUCUGGGAUUUUCCUCUAACACUGCAUGUCAUUUAUAAAAAGCAAUAUCAGAUUCUUGGGUUUUGUAUUUGUGUGUGUGUGUGUGUGUGUAAGAUACUGCACUUUUUUCACAUUUUUUAUUAAGUACUACAGUCAGCAACUGUACACAUACAAAGUCCAGUAGGCGUGCCAAACAACACGGCUAGAUUUACUGAUGAAAUCAUAACCACUGACUAUUUGUAUUCUUAUUAAAAUAGAAUAGUAAUUUUCCCCUGAGUAUUUGCCCCUUUAUAUUCGAUUAUCACAGACAAAAAUUUUGUCAUGUUUAAAAAAGAAUGGAAAGUUUUGGCACACUUAAUAACUUCAUGAUGACUUCGGUUAAGUGAAUUUCAAAUAAAAUGUAAAAUGUGCCUGAAAAUGCAAACCCUUUAGUCUAUAGCCAUGGACUUAAGAAUUUAUCUAUGGAUGUCUUCUCUUGCCUAUCCAGAAAUAAAUCCCUUUUCCACAGUUGA